AUGCUGGUGCACACUUACUCCGCCAUGGAGCGCCCCGACGGGCUGGGCGCAGCGGCCGGCGGGGCCCGUCUGUCGUCCCUGCCGCAGGCGGCCUAUGGACCGGCGCCGCCGCUCUGUCACACGCCGGCCGCCGCCGACUUCCAGCCGCCCUACUUCCCGCCGCCCUACCCGCAACCGCCGCUGCCCUACGGCCAAGCGCCCGACGCCGCCGCCGCCGCCUUUCCGCACCUGGCCGGAGACCCGUACGGCGGCCUGGCGCCGCUGGCGCAGCCGCAGCCCCCGCAAGCCGCCUGGGCCGCGCCCCGCGCCGCCGCCCGCGCCCACGACGAGCCGCCCGGCUUGCUGGCGCCGCCCGCCCGCGCCCUGGGCCUCGACCCGCGCCGCGACUACGCCGCCGCUGUGCCCAGGCUCCUGCACGGCCUGGCCGACGGCGCGCACGGCCUGGCCGACGCGCCCCUCGGUCUUCCGGGGCUGGCAGCUCCGCCUGGCCUGGAGGACCUGCAGGCCGUGGAUGAGCCGGGAAUGAGCCUCCUGGACCAGUCAGUGAUCAAAAAAGUCCCCAUUCCCUCCAAAGCCAGCAGCCUUUCGGCCAUCUCACUGGCCAAAGACAGCCUGGUUGGCAGCAUCACCAACCCCAGUGAGGUCUUCUGCUCCGUGCCUGGUCGGCUCUCGCUGCUCAGCUCGACGUCCAAGUACAAGGUGACGGUGGGGGAGGUGCAGCGGCGACUCUCACCUCCUGAGUGCCUCAACGCUUCCCUCCUGGGAGGCGUCCUCCGCAGGGCCAAGUCCAAGAAUGGUGGCCGGUGCCUACGGGAACGGCUAGAGAAGAUUGGGCUCAACCUGCCUGCCGGCCGUCGCAAGGCUGCCAACGUGACCUUGCUGACCUCGUUGGUAGAAGGAGAGGCUGUGCACCUGGCCCGAGACUUCAGCUACGUCUGUGAGACGGAGUUCCCAGCCAAGGCAGCCGCUGAGUACCUGUGCCGGCAGCAUGCCGACCCCGGGGGACUGCAUAGCCGCAAGAGCAUGCUGCUGGCUGCCAAGCAGAUCUGCAAGGAGUUUGCAGACUUGAUGGCACAGGACCGCUCACCCCUGGGCAACAGCCGCCCAGCGCUCAUCCUGGAACCCGGAGUGCAGAGCUGCCUGACCCACUUUAGCCUCAUCACCCACGGCUUCGGCGGGCCCGCCAUCUGUGCUGCCCUAACUGCCUUCCAGAACUACUUGCUGGAGUCACUCAAGGGACUGGACAAGAUGUUUCUAAGCAGUGCGAGCAGUGGGCAGGGUGAAACCAAGGCUUCGGAGAAGGACGCCAAGCAUCGGAAAUAACCGUUUUCCCUGCCCCAUCCCUAGGGGGCUCCCAAGGCCAGAAAAGAGGUCUUAGCUCCUGAGGGUGGACCUGAAAGGACUAAAAGGUGGGAUUCGAGUCAGGCGUUCAUCCAGACACAGAGUCAGGGAUCUGCGUUGGCUCAAGGGAGGGUGGCCUCUGUGGGCAUUUCUUGCUAAGUUAAGGCCCAGGUGUCUAUCUCGUGUGCAAUUUUCUCUCCCUUGAUGGCUGAGAAGGGCUUGGAUAGGAAAUUGUGAAAACUCUGGCUCCCGGAGCAGAGUCCUUCCCACCGGGUGCCUGCGCAGCAGUGGGUACGCCUAGGGGCCGACACCUUCCUGUUUUUUAUUGAUGGCAGGAGGGAAGCUGUUAACAAAACAGAGGUGCUGAGGAGCUGGCGCCCCUUCUCCCAGAAUCUCCUACCCACAGAAAACGGGUGCUGGCAGGAGAGCCCAGUGGGCUUUUUGGGCCUUUCCCACGUGUGGAGAA